AUGGCGGUCGAUGUCUUUGCGGUUCCCGUUUUCCUCGUUGUCUUUCGAGAGACUCUCGAGACAGUCAUAAUCGUCUCGGUCCUACUUGCUUUCCUCAAGCAAAUGCUCGACGGGCCCAAUGGUGAUAUUAAAGUAUACAAGCAACUAAAACGUCAGGUUUUGCUCGGAACGGGCAUUGGCUUCUCCAUCUGCAUGGUCGUUGCUGCCGCUCUCAUCGGCGUCUUCUAUACUGUUGGAAGCAACUCUUGGGAUAAGCACGAGUACUACUAUGAGGGGGCAUUCAGCCUAUUUGCUUCCCUCAUCAUCUCUGUCAUGGGUGCUGCUCUUCUCCGUAUCGGCAAGAUGCAGUCUAAGUGGCGCGUCAAGUUAGCAAAAGCUAUCGAGUCCCCAAUCAAAGCUGGGAGUAAGGGCUGGUUCAAGCAGUUUGUUGAGAGAUACGCCAUGUUUGUCCUACCCUUUGUUACAGUCCUCCGAGAGGGAAUUGAGGCCGUUGUCUUUGUUGCUGGAGUAUCUUUCUCAGCUUCGGCCAAGUCUAUUCCUCUGCCUACUGUUGUCGGUCUCUUCGCCGGUUGCUGUGUUGGCUACCUCUUGUACAAGGGUGGUGCGAGUACCAAACUCCAGUUCUUCCUUGUUCUAUCCACCUGCCUCUUGUACCUUGUUGGUGCAGGUCUCUUUUCUAGGGCUGUAUGGAGCUUCGAGAUGGCCAAAUGGAACGAGUAUGUCGGUGGUGAGGCAGACGAGUUCGGUAACGGGCCUGGCUCUUACGAUAUUGACCAGAGUGUUUGGCAUGUUAAUUGUUGUACCUCUACCGACAAGAUUCAGAAUGGCUGGGGCAUCUUUAACGCUAUUUUGGGCUGGACAAAUUCGGCUACAUAUGGCUCUGUCAUUUCUUACAACUUAUACUGGAUUUGCGUCAUGGCUGGCUUCAUUAUCAUGCGCUUCAAAGAGACACAUGGUAGGUAUCCAUUCGGAAAGGCAAAGGCUCAUGCCAACGCUGUUGAUGAUACCGAGAGUCACACGACCUCUUCUCCAAGGAACGUCCCAGAAAAGACCACAACAGCAUAA